UAAAAGGGUCGGAGCAGUGAGGGCAAUAACGACUAACAAAAGAGCAACCAUUGGUGAAGCAGCAAAAGAAAGAUUGCCGAAAACGCAGCGUUUGAAUGCCAAUGGCGGAAGCCCUUGCGGAGCUGGAGCGAGUCCAAUCCCAGCUCCUGCAACGCAUAUCUAAACUCGAGCAUUCUUAUCUUCCUUCGUCGCUUUCUCGAAACGACACCGUUCAGGACGCUGGCACCGACACCGUGGCUCGCCUCUCCUCCAUUUUGCGCAGCAACGGCGUUCCCGAAUUCUCCUUUAAGAGAGUCCCUUCUGAUUACUACGAUUGGCCUCUCGAAGCCCGUCGCGACGCCCUCUCCGCCGCCUCAAUCCACCAUCUCUGCAAAAGCAUCGUUCUCGUUAAUACGCAAGCCCCUGCUAACGUCGUCGAUUGCACCAACCGCAACAAUUCCAAGUAUUACGUCGUAGUCGUUCAGUACACUGCUCGCUUUAACGCCGAAGCUGUCAAGAAUUUUCUGUAUUCGCUCAACAAUGGAAGUAUUGCGAAGAAGAAAUUCAACAUGAGGCUAGCUCCUGAGGAGACAUCAAUGGAAUUAACUGGAUAUGGGCACAAUGCAGUGACUUGUAUUGGCAUGAAAACAGACAUUCCGAUUUUUCCUGAUAUGCAAUUGGCAUGUUCGGCCAAUGUCUUGGACUGGGACAUAAACCUGCUUUUAGGUUGUGGACAACAGUGAGCAGCUUCUUUUGCUUUACCCUAACAUAUUGGUAGAGGGUCCAUCUUUUUCAAGCAGUUUCACUGUUUUGUAACUAAAUAUUUUUCUCCCUCUGUGUGCCACUGUAUCUGAAAAUAAAGUUCACAGUGACAGGAGAUAGUAUGUAAUUUUUAGGAUGUGGUUAAUAGUUGACCCUCAGUAUUGAUUGUCUAUAACCCUUAGCACCACUUUAUGGUUUCCACGUCAACAGAGCAGUCUCCAAGAACAAAUCACAAAUGCACUAAUUUAUGUAGCUCUACUUAUCUUGCCAUACUGCCGACGGUUGGGGGAAGGUUGUUCUUCACAUUAUCCAGGUGUUCAUUUCUAAAUUAUGGCUAGGGUUUUGUAUGUCCAAGUCAGACUUUUAUUAUCACCUACCCUAAAAUUCUUUUUGCAAGUUUAAACUAUAAUUUCAAUCCAUUUCAAGUGCGUGGCUGUAUGGAUUUUUUGUUGCAUUUAUACCAGAAUUCCAUAUUGAUACUUCAAACAGCAGAAACUGGAAAAACACCACAACUGUUGUGACUCAAUCCAAUGUGUCCUUAUGUGAUGUUAUAGUGUAAUUUGGUCCCUUACAUCUUAGAUAUCCCAUUUGAACGCAAGGCAUAAAUUAUGUUCGAUAGAUACCCAAGAAACCAGUGGAUACGCAAUAUUAUGGUAGGAAGAUGGAAAUAUCAGUUCUGUAGCUGAUUACAAAAGCGAAAUGGAAAUGCAGAAAAAAAAGAAAUUGAUAACCUAGGCAUUUCCCAUAUCUCUCCAACUCACAAAUUCUAACUGCAUUCCCUUCCGCAUAUUUCCCUUUGAGAGGCAUAGUUUCUCCUAUGCCUACGAAAAGUGUUUAAGUUGACUUAGCAUAACAAAUAAGAUCAAUAUUUCAUAUUGAUUCUUCUAGGCACGGUUAUAUUUUUUUGCAGUCUUGAUCAAGAGGUUCAAAGAUAUCAUCACCAUUAAAUGGGAGGGGCCAAUCUCAUUUAGAUUAAAUCACGCUUAUCGACAUAUAAGUCUUUAUUUAUUAUUGUUGUCUCAAUUGACAAUUGUACUUGACUUAAGGCAUUUAAAAUAAUGUUAUGAUUUUAUCCAAUAGUCAUACAAUUGAUAUCUCUAUUAACCAUAGAGUUCUUAUGGGUUAGGCUACCGAAAAGCAAAUACAUUUUGUGGAUAUGAGUAGCCAAAUCAAUUCCUUUAAGUUAUCCUUCAACUGUAUAGUCUCAUACCUAUACAGUCUCUAGAUCCCUCUCAUUUCGGUGUAUGUUCGAUUCGUCCUUGUGACCCUUCUGCUGGAAGCCUGCUAGGAGUUGCACUCUGUGCCCCUCUCACACACAAUCACUCUCCGUCCUCCUCAGUGUCCGGAUGUCACAAUAUCGUCAUUGAAAUUGAUAUUCUAUAGACCUUACUACUUUCAACUAAUAAAAAAAUAACACGAGUAGAUGCGUCAUAUUCUAGUAAAUAACAAUGAUAUAAAAUAAACUAACCAGAUUGGAAUUAAUAGAACUGAACUUUUUGUCCUUGAGCAAGUACCGAGGCAUACCUUGUCCACUAAUUAAUUAAAGCAUUUCUUCCGUUAAUAUAUUCAAAAUAUUAUUUCUUUUCCUUUUACUGUAUAGAUGGCAUGAUGGCUUGUGUAUUGAUGCAUUCAACUUGUUCCUUGGUUGAUUAGAUAUUUUGGGU